CGGUGUUUAUCCCGAUAGAUCGUUGUCUUGGUGACACACACAUACACACACACACACACACACACUCGUUGAGAGAUGAAGAUGAGGAUGAAGCUGUCGGAGCUGCUCUGCUUCACGGUGCUCGUGAGCUCCGGCUCUCCCGCGGUUAAGGAGAAGCGCGUGCAGUACGCAGCCUGGGAUGACGUGAACGUGCUCGCGCACGGCCUGCUGCAGCUCGGGCAGGGUCUGAGGGAGCACGUGGAGCGGACCGGGGGCCAGGUGCGCGAGAUCUCCGCCAAGCUGCGCGCGUUUAACGGGAGCGUGAGCGAGCUCGCGGCACUGACCCGCCGCCUGCACGAGGACACUGAGGCCCUGAGAGCGCGCGCGCACAGUCUGGAAGAGCGCGAGAGCCGCGUCAUCAACAUGUCGUCCGGUCUGCACGAGAAGCUCGGGAGGCUGCUGAGGGACCGGCAGCGCGCGACGGAGAGGAUCCGUCACCUGGAGGACAAAGUGGACAGCAUGGGGAGGGGGGGCUUUACCGGGGGCAACUACAGCGACCUGCGCGCUCUUCAGUUGCUGAUGGAGGCCCAGAAUCAGCGGAUCGAUGACCUGGUGGAGAGAGUCAAGCAGCAGCAGGAGAAACUCGACAAACAGAACAUUCGCAUUCGUGCACUGCAGAGUCAGAUUCAGAUGAGAAAGGAGAAACUAAACCCGAGUGCUCACGAAGUUCAAACUGAGCAGAAGGACACGCCGACCGUCACAGCGUCAAAUUGUCAUGAUUUGUUCCUGCGUGGCGAAACGGCAAACGGAGUAUACACACUGCAGCCGCGAGACUCGCCGCCGAUCCGCGCCUCCUGUGAGAUGGCCUCAGACGGUGGAUGGACCGUGAUCCAGAGACGUCAUGAUGGAUCUGUGGAUUUCGACCAGCUGUGGAACGAAUAUCAAAAUGGUUUCGGAAACCUCGAUGGUGAGUUUUGGCUCGGACUCGAGAACGUGUUCCGUCUGACUAAAGAUGAGGAGUUCAUGCUGAAGAUCCGAAUGUCUGACUGGAGAGAUGAGCAUCAAAGCGUGCAGUACCGGUUCCGUCUCAACGGCGAGGACAAGAAUUAUUCUCUGCAGAUUCUGGAAAGUCCUGACGGGAAUCUGGAGAGUUCUUUUAGCACCGAGUCUUCCAGUCUGCCCUUCUCAACCCGCGACCGGGACAACGACCGGAAACACGACUUCAACUGCGCCAAACAUCUGUCUGGUGGCUGGUGGUUCAGCAACUGCGGCCGCUCCAACCUCAACGGAAAGUACUUCAUCACGCCUCCCAAACAGAGGCAUCAGAGGAAACAGGGAAUGUUCUGGAAGACCUGGCACGGUCGAUAUUACUCCCUGAAAACCUCAGUGAUGAUGAUUUCACCAGUUCGCUAAGCACAGCGGUAAUGCCACAGAAGCAUGGCUCCUGUCAGAUCAUCUUAACUAAAGAGGUUAUAGGUGCUCAGAAGAUCAGACAGGUCUCUCAUAAUAAAGGUGUCUGGAUUGAUUGAUUUAUCUGAGAGAUGCUACGAGUCAGGAAAAAAAAACACUUUAAAUUCCAGGGUUGAGCCGACGCCCGGUUUGGCAUGUCGGGACCACUCUGAGGGGAUCAUCUUCAACAUCUACAGAAAAAUCAGAGUUCAGUUUAGGGAGCUUCUUAAUGGGGUUGUUUACCAAAAAAAAUCAGUCAGUUACGGACCAAACUGCAGAAUAUCUGUUUUAAACCAUUUUAAAAAAUGGCAUUAUUGAAAGGCAUUUUCCAGAAUAACAACUAAAAAUAAUUGUAACUCUAUAAAUAUGUAAAAUGUAAAUGUGUAAUUGAGCGAGUGUGAACCUGUGCACAUUCCUGUGGGCAAAGUUUCAGUCACAUUGACUGGUGUUUAAUAUUGUACUGCUGUUUUCACUUUAAUGUCGAAAUAUAUGUUUGUGUGUUUGUGUCAGUGUCGUAUAAAAUAUUAAUGUUAUUUGAUGAGAUAUAGGAUUUGUCUUACUUUCAUUAGUCUUGUGGUUUUAACAUUGUAAAUUUUUCAUUUUUUUUGCCUCAUAAUUUAUGUUUGUGAAAUAAGCCAUAGUGUUUAUUAUUAUUAUUAUUAUUAUUAUUACUUUUUUAAUUUUUUUUUACAAGGAAAAAAAAUUGGUCUCAAACAGACCAUUAAAGCUUAUUUUUAAAAGUG